AUGGCACUCCUUCCGAAGACAGUAGUUAAGAUAGCUUAUAGAGAAACCAAAACAUAUGCCGACGAUCUCGAGGACGAUAUAUCGUUUAUACUAAGGGUCGGAAGAACCAAGCGCAUUUGUUCGCGGAGUGCUAGUGGUCGUGAAACCCCAGUUCAACAAACAACCAUUAGCAAGGAGAAUGCUAUAGAGCUCGAUUACAAGAUCGCACCUAAUUGCCUUGUCAACGAAGCAAGGUGUCGUGGACUGGUGGACCUUCUGUUGAAUCUUAGAAGGAAUCAAUUGUCUUCGACCCCCAAAGGCUACUCAGAGAUCUGCAGACUAAAGUAUCUCCAAGAGCUCGAUUUAGGCAGCAAUGCUUUGACAAGUAUGCCUUACUGUCUGAGUAACCUAACCCGUCUUCGAACUCUUGAUCUAUCAGGCAACCAAUUGAACGAAAACUUGUCUUCCUUUGUGUUUGGUCUACCACCAGCACUUGAGUACUUAUCACUUCUUGAUAAUAACUUCAAUGGUUCGUUCUCGUUCAAUUCACUGGCCAAUCACACAAGACUCACAGUUUUCAAAUUGUCAUCAAAAGUUGGUAUGAUCCAAGCUCAGAGUGAGAGCUCGUUGGUUCCACUGUUUCAGUUGAAGAUUCUAACAUUACAUAAUUUCAGUCUUGGCAACACAAUUCCUGGUUUUCUUGUUCAUCAACAUGACUUAAUCUUCAUUGAUAUUUCUUAUAGCCAGUUGACAGGAGCAUUUCCAGCUUGGCUUUUGCAGAAUAACGCAAGACUGCAGACUAUUUUACUGAAUAACAAUUUGUUGACAGAGCUUCAGCUACCAAAGCUGGUUCAUGGCUUACAAGUUCUCGAUAUCUCGAGUAAUAAGAUAUUCGAUUCCAUUCAAGAAGAUAUAGGGAUUUUCUUUCCACACCUGAGGUACAUGAACUUUUCUUCAAACUAUUUUCAUGGAACCAUUCCAUCUUCUAUGGGAAUGAUGAAAAGUCUACUAAUGUUGGACAUGUCAUUUAACGAUCUAUGGGGUCAACUACCUCAAACAUUUUUAAGUAGUUGCUACUCGUUGAAGUUUCUGAAGCUUUCCAACAACCAACUCAAGGGUGAGAUAUUUCCGGAGUAUGCAGAUCUUACUAGCUUAGCUUGGCUAGCUCUUGAUGGCAACAAUUUUAGUGAGAGUCUCGGAGAAGGUCUAUUGAAGUCAAAGAAUCUAACUCUUUUAGACAUAUCAGAUAAUAACGUUUCAGGCUCGCUCCCACUUUGGAUUGAUAGGAUGUCAAGCCUUGAGUAUCUAUACAUGAGGGGAAAUCAGCUCAACGGUCAUUUCCCUCGCCAGCUACAGAAUCUAAAGCUUAAGGUUAUAGACAUCUCACAUAAUAGCUUCUUUGGUUCUCUACCAAGAAAUGUUGAGUUUCCAAUUCUGAGAGAGUUAAGACUACAGAACAAUGAGUUUAUUGGCUCAAUUCCGGACGCUUUGUUCGAGGCUGAGCUACUGGAGGUGAUUGAUAUGCGGAACAACAAUUUUUCUGAUAUGGUUCUGAAUAAUGUUGCCAAGGCAUCUAAUUUAGGUGUUCUUCUUCUACGGAGUAACAGUUAUGAAAGUCACAUCCCUGAGAAACUAUGUCAGCUAAGUGAAGUUGGUAUCUUGGAUUUAUCUCAGAAUAAAUUCAAAGGUGUUAUACCAUCAUGUUUCAGUAAAAUGUCUUUUGGUGCAAAAAAGUAUGACAGCAACAUGUCAUUUGAUCCAGUGGAAGGCUUCUCACAAGUUUCAUUCUCGCAAAGUUGGAGUUAUACAUCAGCUAUCAACCUCGAUGAUGAUUUCGCGUAUGGUGCUCAACGGACACCAGCAAUCAUAGUGGAUUUUCUAACGAAAAGAAGAUAUGAAGCAUAUCAAGGUGAUAUUCUGCGUUACAUGUAUGGGUUGGAUUUGUCAAGCAACCAAUUAUCUGGUGAGAUUCCAGUUGAGAUUGGAAACCUUCAAAAUAUCGUAUCGUUGAAUUUGUCAAGCAACUACCUCACUGGCUCCAUACCAGAUAGCAUUUCGAAGCUGAAGGAUUUGGGGAGUCUUGAUUUGUCCAACAAUAAGCUAGAUGGAAACAGCAAUAAGCUAGAUGGAAACAGCCCCCCUGUGCUAGCCGACCUCAACAAUUUAGGAUUCUUCAAUUUCUCAUACAACAACUUGUCAGGUGAAAUCCCUAUCAAAGGCCAUCUUCUACAGAAAUCAAACUAG